ACUCAGUACUCAGUACUGUGAUUGUGAAUCCUACUGAAAUCUGAACUGAAAUGAUUUGGAAUUUUUAGGAAUAGUGGAAAAAUAAACAAAACUAGAUGAUAAGAUACCUACUGAAAAUAUAGGACUGUGUUGUGUUGUGUGAGAAAAGCUUUUCCAAACUAUUUUAGUUUAGGUAUUCAAUUUAUUAAUCUCAAAUUGCAAAUUCCUCUACUAAAACCUUAAAGUGAUGAGUGGAUAUUGCAAUUAAAUUUAUCAUAGGUGGAUGCCUUUAUAAAAUGAGCUUAUGGAAAUAUAUUUGAACUCGGUAAGCAAAUAUACAAAGUCCGUCCCUGUUUGGUUCCUCUUUUUAACAAAUCCUGCUGCGCUAGGUAUGUAUGCCCCAAUAGCGGCCGGAUAACACUAGCAUUCGCGGAGGAGUUUGCUACGCUCGCCCACGCACCAGCUCUGAUAUGUGCAGCCCUCAAAUCGUUUUAGAUUCAUGUUAAUUUUUCAAGUGAUCAAAAAAAUUUUCAAUAAUCUAAUAGUCCUCUAAUAAUUAAGUAAAAUCUUGGAAAAACUGAAAAACAUUAAAAAAUUUCAAGUGAAAACGUGAAAUACUAUACUCUCUUAUCAGUAGAAACUGUGAAAUUGCAUUUUUUUUUUGUGAUCAAGCUUAAUUAUUAUUAGGAAAUAUACAAUUUAUUACACAAAUUUGAGUUUUAAGAUGUGUAUGGGCCCUGGCCUGGCGACAACUUAAGCCGGCCUGGGCCCUCAGCCAUGCUCAUCAAGGAGUACCGCAUCCCCUUGCCGCUCACAGUGGAAGAGUACCGAAUAGCCCAGCUUUAUAUGAUAGCAAAAAAAAGUCGCGAGGAAAGUAGUGGGCAAGGCAGCGGAGUAGAGAUCCUAAUCAACGAACCAUAUAAAAAUGGACCUGGUGGAAAAGGUCAAUACACAAAAAAGAUAUAUCACGUUGGUAGCCAUUUGCCAGGAUGGAUCAAAAGUAUAUUACCAAAAACCGCCCUAAUGGUAGAAGAAGAGGCCUGGAAUGCAUAUCCUUACACCAAAACCAGGUACACGUGCCCCUUUGUCGAGAAAUUUUAUUUGGAAAUAGAAACCUAUUAUUUUCCGGACAAAGGACAUCAAGAAAAUGUAUUUCAAUUGUCUGGCAGCGAUCUAAGAAAUAGAAUUGUUGAUGUGAUUGAUUUUGUCAAAGACCAAUUAUAUGGUGCAGAUUAUGUCCCGACUGAAGAUCCUGUUGUUUAUGUCUCGGAAAAAUCGGGACGUGGGCCAUUGUCGGAUAACUGGGUAGACGAAUAUUGGAGUGACGUUCAUGGCAAGCCACAACCUACACCUUCUGGAAAAUCCAUGAUGUGUGCCUACAAACUGUGUAGAGUGGAGUUUAGAUAUUGGGGAAUGCAAACAAAGAUUGAGAAAUUUAUACAUGAUAUUGCAUUACGUAAAACCAUGUUACGAGCCCAUAGACAAGCUUGGGCAUGGCAAGAUGAAUGGCACGGGCUCAAUAUGGAAGACAUACGAGAAAUUGAGAAGCAGACGCAAUUGGCUUUGAAGAGAAAAAUGGGACAAGUGGAAGAGGAUGAAAUAGACGAAGACGACAAUCUGAAUAAUAGUACGUCCAAGGAAGAUUCGUGUAAGACUUUGGCAGCCACUCUUGGCAGUAUUGAAGUAGCAGAGGACAGUCCAUUGCUAUCAAAAAACACAAACAUUCCAAGGAUACAAACAGCUGCUAGUUCUGAUGCUGAAGGGUCAGAUGAUGAUAAUGUGACUGUACCAAGAAGACGUGAUGAUAAAAGAGUUCAUAGGAAUUUGCAUUCGCCCAGCUGCUCGUCUGUCAAAAGUUUCGAUCUACAAGUUGCCAACUGGCGAAUUGAGACUCUCAGCAGAGAUUCUGAUUCAGGCUCCGAUGAAGAGUUUUUUGACUGUGAAGAGUCUGCUUCUCUGGCUAAAUGGAGCUCAUUGGAUCUUUUGUUGGAAGAAGAUUUAGAUGCCUCUUCUCCUACAUACAUUGAUAAUAGUGGAAAUGACCAAUCAGAUGACAGUAUAUUUUCUCCAUCAUUCCUACAAAGAGUAUCCAGUGAAAGAGGCACUAGAAAAGCUAUGCAAAAAGGCAAAAUUGGUUCAGUGGAUACUUCAAGACCUGGUUCACCUUGUGCCACUCCUUCUCAUGUUCCUUGCAAUACUACUGUGUUAAUAUUGGUGCUGCAUGCUGGAAGUGUUUUGGAUGCUAACGUAGAUAUGUCUGCCAAAAAGUCGGACGUAACGACUUUCAAAGGGGCAUUUGAAUCCGUUAUGCGCCAACAUUAUCCUUCUCUUGUGGGACAUAUAGCAAUUAGGUUGGUAUCUUGCCCUUCUGUAUGUACAGAAAGCUUAGGAAUAUUAUCUAGUCUUAGUCCAUAUAGUUUUGAUGUAUCUCCAUCCUGUGUAGAUGUUCCUCAAGUGACACAUGAUUCCAUACCAAUUGGAGCAAUUCCCAUCCUAGCUACGGGUUCCUCUGAUUAUCAGGAAAUUGUGUCUCGGACAAUCAAUGCUGCUAAUUCUGUUUACCAAGAAUUCGUAAGAUCUGAAGAAGGUCAAGGAUUCAAUGGGCAAAUAUGUUUUGUAUCAGAUUCUCUAGGAUCAAUUUUAGGCUACGAUGCUUUGUGUAGAACAAAUAAUUCCUAUACACAUACUAGACAUCUAAGUGAAAAUAGUGUAUUAGAUAAUGACCACAAAGAUGAAUAUAUAAAUGACCCUUUUUUAACAACAUUCAAUCCAAGAAGAUUAUCAUCCACCAUUGACUAUCAUGCAAAACUCGAAUUUGAAGUAUCCGACUUUUUCCUAUUUGGCAGUCCUUUGGCAUUGGUGCUUGCCUAUAGAAAAAUAUCUGCGCCAGAUGAAAAAUCAGGAAACAUAAACCGUCCACCGUGUAUUCAGGUCCACAACAUGUUCCAUCCAACUGAUCCUGUAGCAUCUAGGCUAGAGCCGCUACUGUCAGCAAGAUUUUCUAUUCUACCUCCAGUUAAUGUGCCAAGAUAUGCAAAAUAUCCUUUGGGCAACGGACAACCCUAUCAUUUAUUGGAAAUUUUGCAAACUAAUCCACAACUAUUUAAUGACCAAGCUCAGCCGAGACGUUUGUCUGAAAUUUCAAUUCAAAGUACAGUAUCUGGCAUGAUAGAAUCUAUUCCACUUACUACAGUUAAUAAUUUGCAACAAAAAUGGUGGGGAGGAAAACGUCUAGAUUACGCUCUCUAUUGCCCAGAAGGACUGUCAAAUUUUCCAACUAACGCUCUUCCCCAUUUAUUCCAUGCCAGUUAUUGGGAAAGUUGUGAUGUCAUUGCAUUUAUUUUGAGGCAAGUUGGUGGAAUAGAUAGCGGUUCCGGUGGUGGAGGCAUGGAUGAAGGUAGAGAGAGUACCUUUAGACCUGGCCAGCCGAGAGAAAAAUGGAAUAAGAAGAGAACUUCUGUGAAAUUAAAGAAUGUUACUGCAAAUCAUCGGGCCAACGAUGUAAUAGUACGUGAGACCGCACCACAAGUUUUGACAGCCAGUUUCAAGUACGGGCCUCUAGAUAUGAUUACUUUGACCGGUGAGAAAGUGGAUAUUCACAUAAUGAAGGACCCUCCGUCCGGAGAAUGGACGUUGUUAUCAACAGAAGUCACUGAUAAAGCUGGUAGAGUUUCUUAUACGAUUCCUGAGGCUCAAAGUGUGGGAUAUGGAUUGUAUCCUAUAAAGAUGAUUGUGAGAGGGGACCAUACAUCAGUGGACUUCUAUUUAACAGUAGUCCCACCAAAAACAGAAACCAUCGUUUUCAGUAUAGAUGGUUCGUUUACAGCAAGUGUCUCGGUUACUGGGAGAGACCCUAAAGUGAGAGCAGGUGCAGUGGACGUUGUGAGGCACUGGCAAGAGUUGGGCUAUUUAAUUAUCUACAUAACUGGAAGACCCGAUAUGCAACACCGAAAAGUGGUUUCAUGGUUGUCACAACACAACUUUCCCCAUGGGUUGGUUUCUUUUGCUGAUGGCUUUACAACUGAUCCGUUAAGUCACAAAGCAGCUUAUCUUAAUAAUCUAAUUCAGAAUCAUGGCGUAAUAAUACAUGCAGCCUAUGGCAGCGCAAAAGACAUUACCGUUUACACAAGUAUCGGACUAAAGCCGAAACAAAUAUAUGUAGUGGGAAAGGCUUCCAAGAAACAACAAAGUCAAUCUACGGUCUUGAAUGAAGGUUAUGCAGUGCACCUGGCAACUUUAAUGUCUCACGGAGGCUCGCGACCUGCGCAAGGAAACGCACGAAUGGUCAUUCCCAGAGGCUAUUUUGGUUUGCCUGGACAAACUAUAAGUAGAAGAAGGAGUUACGACCAGGGAGGCAUUUCGUCGCCUGCCAGAAGUUGCGUAGCAGUGGCAACAGCUGCUUUUUUGAAACGCAAAGUUUAUGUUAGUCACAUGUCAGCCAAAAGAGCAACAUCGUAUCCUAUUUCUCCAGAUAAUCCCCUACCAGUUGAAAGAUCGUUGAGUACCAAACGAUAUCACCUACCAAAACCAGUGUUAUCUGUAACACCCAUUAGUAAUAUGGAUUCUUGAAUGGCUUCUUUAAAGAAAAAUACUAUUUUUAGGAUUGUUAACAAGAUUUGAAGAUUACCAGAUUAGGUAUCUCCAAUUUCAAUCAAUGAUAUGGACAAAAAUAUAAAGUGCAAUCUAUAGGACAGUACGUCUUUGUUUUAAGCUAUAUGUAUAUUUUCAUGAAUUUAUGUACCAACUCUAAAAAUAAAAAUAAGUUUGAAGUAGUUAAAAUUGGUGUUGAAUCACUAAAUUAAUACAAAUAUUUAAAUAUCAUGAACUGGCAGUUUGGGUAAUUUUUAUGUUUAACAAAUGUCAGGAUUCUAGAGCAGUAAAAAAAACUAGUUCUUGUAAACAGUAUUAACUAAGUAUUUUUUUAAAGCCACUAUUCUAUAUGAAGCUUUUAUGAAAAGUUCAAAGUAGAUUGGUGUUCUAUAAUUAUCUCGAAUUAAUAGUUUGUAUUCAUUAUAGUUCUGUAUCCUAAAGAAAUUGUAUUAAAUAAUAUGCAUAUUGUUCAUACACGAAAUACAUUAUUAUAAAAAAUAUUUAUUUUAAAAAUCAAAAAUUGUGAUCUGUACUUUAAAAGACUUGUUAAAAUAUCUCUAACUUUUUUUUAUUGUUAUAAAUGUUAAAAAUAUAUCGCAAUAUAUUCAAGAUUAUUGGUAUAAUCAUCAAAAAUAUUGUAUGUAAAAAGCUAGUUGAAUUUUUAUUAUGUAGGACUUAUAUUUGUUAAAAAUCAUACUUAAAUGUGAAUGACAAUGUUUAAUUGUUAGUAAGUGUUGCCCAUCAUGUGAUUCUGUUAAGCUCUAAUCUCAUAAAUACAUUUAUCAAAAUGGUUCAUAUUAUAGAGACCUAUUGAGUUUCUAACAAAUUCUGUGGAUUAGAAUUUGCAAGCAAAACUGUGUUGACCACAUAGAAAAUUGUAAUUUUCUUUUCUAUAAGAAUCCCUAUUAAAAUUAAAAAUACAUUUCAUAGUGUGCUAAAAGGUUCAGGGAUCUUUAUAUUUUAAAAUAAUUAAACAUAAUUAUUUUUCAUCUUUACAGAUAAUGUCCUAAGUGUUUGAGAUAGAGUAGAGAUAAUGGAUUUUGGAAAUAAAAUUCCUUUUUGUUAAAACAUUAUGCCGACGUUUCCACCAUAUAUUUGGUCUUUUUCACAGGCUACAAACAAAAAAAUGGUCUUAAAAUGUAUGAUGGGACACAAACGAAAAAUUCUUAGACAUAAAUCAUAAACCGCAUAACACAAAUUUCCCUGGAUUGACGUCAAACGCCCUUGCUGAUAAAAAAAAAUAGGCAUGAUGUAAAUCCUUUGCACUAAUAAUGGCUUUAACAGAUUAAUUAAUUACUGCCUGUUUUUUUGUUAUUUUUUAUAAUUUUUUUUUUACUGCGUUUUUAUUUCAUUCACAUUUCUCAUGCCAUGUGUAUCCAGGGAAAUUUGUGUUAUUCGGUUUAGAAUAAUAUGAUCUAUGCCUAGGAAUUUUCCGUUCGUGUCUUGCCAUACAAACAUUUUAAGACCAAAUAUAUGGUCGAAACGUUCUAAACCUAUUACCUCUACUCUAUAAUUAUUUUUUAAAGACAUAGCUUUAUGUGAGGCAUUUAAAACAGCAUUAUUUUUAUUAUCUUGAAAUUCAUAAUAUAAACAUACAAUGUAGCUAUGUUACAUCAGAUAAGGCUAUUUUUGUUUAGUGAAAAUAGAGAUUUUUAUUAAGAGA